GAAAAAUUCAACGAACAUGAAAGUAGUAUUAACAUUGUACGCAGCAUGCUUAGCGCUGCUCACUGUAUCAGCACGUCCAUCUAAUGAAGGGCUUGGUUUCCUAAACGACGAAGCAGAUCGUGCGCUUAUUUCUGCGGCAGCGGACUUAUUCACCGCCAUCUUCAAUCCAAAAGGAGUUGUGGAUGUUAAUGAAAACAGUCAUCACGCCUUUGGCGCUCAACAGUGUGUAAAUGUGCAUAAUUUACGUUAUAAGAAGUCAGUAUCCAAUGCUGGAAGCAAAAUCCGCGAUGCAGCCAGACUAAAAGACUCGACUAUAGAACGUUAUUUGCGCAAAAACGAUGCCGCACAAUUGCAGCUGCAAUUCGUGGAGAUUAUCGAAGAGUGCGGUAGACUUCGGCAGUCGGAUGAACGACUUGAUUGUCAAGUCGAUGUGAUUUCUAAUGUAUUCAGUGAUAUUGCCGCUUCAUCUACGGAAUAUACAUGGAUUAACAAAAUACUUAUACGCUACCGCUUACAUGGACUUAGCUGGAAUUUGUUUGCUGGAUCCAUUGAAUUGGAGAAAUGUUUGUCCGUUUUUCCCGGCCAAGCUACUGAUGUACCACCAAAAGGUAUUCGCCCUAAACCUACUACCGAGGGCCCAACAAGAGCUCCACAAACCACCGCAGCACCUCCUCAAACAACUACACUAGAGACGACCAUUGUUGAAACCACAAAUGCAGCGGAAACGACCACAAAUGCGGGGGAAACGACCACAAAUGCGGUGGAAACGAGCACAAGUGCGGUGGAAACGACCACAAAUUCGGUGGAAACGACCACAAAUGCGGAGGAAACGACCACAAGUGAGGGGGAAACGAGCACAAAUGCGGUGGAAACGACCACAAAUUCGGUGGAAACGACCACAAAUUCGGUGGAAACGACCACAGCAGAUUCUACUGAAUCUGAGAAGUCUACUACCGAGCCUUCUGCAGCAGAAACAUCAACACUUGAACCAGAAGACACCAGCACAGAUUCCACUGCAGAAACUGCUGUAGAAGAAUCAUCAACGCCUGCUACAGAAACAUCCACCGCAGACCCUUCUACAACAGAGGCGCCCGCAACUGCUACGGCUAGCCCUCCUCUACUAGAGUCAACUACCAAUGGAACAACUGGUCCUUCGCCAAACUCUACUGCCAGUUCCAACAGCAACUCAGAUAACUCUAACAGCGAUGAAAGUUCAUUGAAACCAUCACCAAAUAGCUCAUCAGAAGGGUCAGAACCGAAUGCUCCAGCUAGUAUAAAUAGCAACGAAGACUCCGGAAGCUCUCCUGAUAAAGAAUCUAACAGCAAUGAAAAUUCGAGUACAAUUGUGAAACCAGAGGGACCAUCAGCUGAGUCAGGGCAAAGUUCGCCUGCUAGCAAAAACAGCAACGAAGACUCCGGAAGCUCUCCUGACAAAGAGUCUAACAGUAAUGAAAAUUCGAGUACAAUUGUGAAACCAGAGGGACCAUCAGCUGAAUCAGCGCAAAGUUCGCCUGCUAGCAAAAACAGCAACGAAGACUCCGGAAGCUCUCCUGAUAAAGAAUCUAACAGUGAUGAAGGUUCAAGUGAUGCGGACGAUGAUUAG